AUGUAUCUGCGCUCUGACCACGCCGACGCCGACACGGCUGCGCUACGCAAGCUGAUUCGGGAGAAUCCUCUGGGAAUCCUAACCACCGCGCUCCCUUCAGACAACUUUCCGCUCCUUCAAUGCUCGCACAUUCCCUUCUUGCUAGACAUUCAAGACGAGACGAGCGAGACAGAAAAGGGCGUUUUACGCGGCCACAUGGCCAGGGCGAACCCGCACAGCAAGGCGUUGAGCGAGGCGGCGGCGGCGCAAACGGCGGCCAGCGUCUCCGCCGACGGCUACCUGGAGCGGGAAGUGAUGGUGCUGUUUAAUUUUCCCGCGCACCACUACGUGACGCCGAAAUUCUACACCGAGACGAAGCCUGACACGGGCAAGGUGGUGCCGACGUGGAACUAUGCCGCGGCGCAAGUGUACGGCAAGAUCAAGGUGUACCACGACGGCAGGUCGGAGGAGGAGUCGGAGGAGGCGGGUCGCUUUCUCAGCCAGCAGAUCGCGGAUCUGAGCGACAUGAGCGAACGGUCCAUCAUGGGAUACACGGGGGAAGGGGCCGCGGAAAAGGGCUGGAAGGUGACGGAUGCGCCCGACAAGUACAUUGCGCUGCUAAAAAAGGCAAUCAUUGGCAUCGAAAUCAAGAUUGACAGGCUCGAGGGCAAAUUCAAGAUGAGCCAGGAGCUGAGCGAGGGCGAUCGCGCGGGGGUCGUCGAGGGCUUUCGGAGGCUGGGCACGGAACUGGGCGCGAAAAUGUCGGAGACGGUCGAGGAACGUUCAGAAUUGAAAAAGGCUCGAAAAGCUGCUGCGCAGUUGGCUCAUUGA